AUGCAUAGUGCCCAAAGGUCUGAUGCUUCUUCCGUUCAGAUGCCCAAAGGUCUGAAGGCUUCUUCCGUUCAGAUGCAUAGUGCCCAAAGGUCUGAAGCUUCUUCCGUUCAGAUGCAUAGUGCCCAAAAGGUCGCUUCUUCCGUUCAGAUGCAUAGUGCCCAAAGAUGCAUAGUGCCCAAAGGUCUGAAGCUUCUUCCGUUCAGAUGCAUAGUGCCCAAAGGUCUGAAGGCUUCUUCCGUUCAUGCAGCCCAAAGGUCUGAAGGCUUCUUCCGUUCAAAGGUCUGCUUUCUUCCGUUCAGAUGCCCCAAAGGUCUGAAGGCUUCUUCCGUUCAGAUGCAUAGUGCCCAAAGAUGCAUAGUGCCCAAAGGUCUGAAGGCUUCUUCCGUUCAGAUGCAUAGUGCCCAAAGGUCUGAAGGUCAGGCUUCUUCCGUUCAGAUGAAGUGCCCUUCUUCCGUUCAGAUGCAUAGUGCCCAGCAUAGUGCCUUCUUCCGUUCAGAUGCAUGCCCAAAGUGCCCAAAAAGGUCUAUGAAGGAUGCAGUGCCCAAAGGCUUCUUCCGCAUAGUGCCCAAAGGUCUGAAGGCUUCUUCCGUUCACAUGCAUAGUGCCCAAAGAUGCAUAGUGCCCAAAGGUCUGAAGGCUUCUUCCGUUCAGAUGCAUAGUGCUUCCCGUUUCUCGUUCACAUGCAUAGUGCCCAAAAGGUCUUCUUCCGUUCAGAUGCAUAGUGCCCAAAGAUGCAUAGUGCCCAAAGUGCCCCAAAGGUCUGAAGGCUUCUUCCGUUCAUGCAUAGUGCCCAAAUGGUCUGAAAUUCAGAUGCAUAGUGCCCAAAGUCCAGAAGGCUUCUUCCGUUUCACAUGCAUAGUGCCCAAAGGUCUGAAGGCUUCUUCCGCUCACAUGCAUAGUGCCCAAAGGUCUGAAACUUCUUCCGUUCAGCCCAAAGGUCUGAAGGCUUCUUCCGUUCAGAUGCAUAGUGCCCAAAGGUCUGAAGGCUUCUUCCGUUCAGAUGCAUAG